CGCCACAGAAAUACGCGACGAAGAUUCGAAUGAUUGCAUUUCUAUCUUAAUUGCUACUGAUAACCAUUUGGGUUAUUUGGAGAAUGAUCCGAUUCGUGGACAGGAUUCUUUGAAUACUUUUAGAGAAAUUUUGCAGAUAGCAAAACAAAAUGACGUUGAUAUGGUUCUAUUGGGCGGGGAUCUUUUUCACGAGAAUAGACCUUCUCGAAAGGUACUUUACGAGACUAUGAAAAUACUUCGUACUUAUUGUAUGGGCGAUAAACAAUGUCAAUUGGAAAUCAUUAAUGAUGAUACUGAAAAUAAAGAUGAUAACUUUAUUAAAGUGAACUUUCAAGAUCCUAAUUAUAAAAUUGCAAUGCCUGUGUUUUCUAUUCAUGGCAACCAUGAUGAUCCAUCCGGAGAUGGAAACCUUUGUGCCUUGGACGUUCUUGCAGUUUCAGGCCUCGUAAAUUAUUUUGGUAAAACCAAUGUCGUGGAAAAUAUUGUUGUUAAACCAAUAUUAUUAAGAAAAGGCAGAACUGCAUUAGCAUUAUACGGGUUGGGAAAUGUGAGAGACCAACGGUUACAUCGAAUGUUCACAGAUGAUGCUGUCAAAAUAUAUCAACCACCUACUUCAAUAUCAAAUGAAUCUUUCAAUAUGAUGGUAUUGCAUCAAAACAGAGUUGCACAUUCAAUUAAAAAUUAUAUACCUGAACAUUAUUUGCCUGAUUUUAUGAACAUGAUUAUCUGGGGUCAUGAACAUGAUUGCAAAAUUGAACCAGUAUACAACGAGCAGCAAAAUUUUUAUAUUUCUCAACCUGGAUCAUCUAUUGCCACCAGUCUAAUUGAGGGUGAACUUGAACCAAAACAUGUAGCCAAAUUGAGUAUAAUUGGAGAUCAAUUUGAUUUGCAAAAAAUUCGUCUUCGCACCGUUCGCCCAUUUGUAAUGGGUGAAUUAACAUUAAAAGAUGUUCAGGGGCUCGAUCCUACCAAGACAUCAGCAGUGAGUGCUCUUUUAAUCAAAAAAGUAGAAGAACUUAUUCUAGAUGCCAAAAACCAAUGGCUUGAAAUGAAUGAUUACAAUGACGAUUUAGAAGAUGAAAUGUUUCCUCUUCCUUUAAUUAAGUUAAAGGUAGAAUACAGUGGUGGAUUCACAGUUUUGAAUAAUCGACAAUUUGGUCAGAAAUUUGUAAACAUUGUCGCAAAUAAUCAUGAAAUAUUACAUUUUCAUCGUAAAAGAGUAUUAGAAAGGAAAAAAGAUUCUGCGCAAUCGAUGAAUUUACCUGACGAAUUCGAAAUGCCCGAAAAUCUUUCCCAUAAUUAUGUCACUGAUCUUGUUACAGAGAAUAUGAAGAGUCUUAGCAUAUUACCGGAAAAUGCAUUAAAUGAAGCCACUACACUUUUUGUUGACAAAGAUGAUCCUCAUGCUAUUGAAGGAUUCUAUAAUAAUACAAUUACAAAGACAAGGACGAAGCUUCGUCAAGACAAAAAUCUGAUUUGCGAUGAUAAAAUUCUUAUAGAAGAGGCGCAUAAGCAAAAAAAUUUAUUAUCAAAGCAAUAUGCAGAAAUGAAUCCUGAGCAAAGGCAAAUAGAGAUGAGUAAUAAUGAAGCAUCUGCCGAUACAAAUCAGCAUGAAGGCACCCGUGCUCGUGGGCGUGGUAGAGGAAAGACGACAGUUUCCAAUAAAAAGGAUGAUGCUGAUUACAUUGAAGACGAUGAACCGCUUAGUGAUGGUAGCGGAUCAAAAAGACGAAAGGCUACAAGGACCAAGAAUGUUGAUGUUGAUUACAUUGAAGAUGAUGAACCGCUUAAUGAUGGCAGCGGAGCAAAAAAACGAAAGGCUACAAGAAGCAAGAAUAUUGAAGAACCUCCGGCUAAACGAACGCUCACUAGUAAAAAGCCGACUUCAUCAGCGUCACAGAGGCGGAUCAACUUUCCAACACUAGCAUCAAAUUCUUCACAACAGUUAAGAUCUCAAAGUCAGACUAUGGAUGUUGAUGAC